UCACUUCCGGAAGCGCCUGGGCGCUGCGGUCGUCACCAGCCUGCAUCGCUGCCAGCCGGCCGGCUCCGCGCCACGGAGCGGGAGAGCGCGCAGCCAGGCCCGGGCCUCUCUCUGCGGUCAUGGGGGCGUCUGCGCGGCUACUGCGUGCAGCGAUAAUGGGGGCGCCGGGCUCCGGCAAGGGCACCGUGUCCUCUCGCAUCACCAAACACUUCGAGCUGAAGCACCUCUCCAGCGGGGACCUGCUCCGAGACAAUAUGCUUCGGGGCACAGAAAUUGGUGUGUUAGCCAAGACUUUCAUUGAUCAAGGGAAGCUCAUCCCAGAUGAUGUCAUGACUCGGUUGGUCCUUCAUGAGUUGAAAAAUCUCACCCAGUAUAGCUGGCUGUUGGAUGGCUUUCCAAGGACACUUCCACAGGCAGAAGCCCUGGAUAGAGCUCAUCAGAUAGACACAGUGAUUAAUCUGAACGUGCCCUUUGAGGUUAUCAAGCAGCGCCUCACGGCUCGCUGGAUCCAUCCAGGCAGUGGCCGUGUCUACAAUCUUGAAUUCAACCCUCCCAAAACCAUGGGCAUUGACGAUCUGACUGGGGAGCCUCUUGUUCAGCGUGAGGAUGACAGACCAGAGACGGUUGUCAAGAGACUGAAAGCUUACGAAGCCCAAACAGAGCCCGUCCUGGAAUACUACCAGAAAAAAGGGGUGUUGGAAACAUUCUCUGGAACAGAAACCAACAAGAUCUGGCCACAUGUAUAUGCGUUCUUACAAACCAAAAUUCCACAAAUAAACGAGAAAGCACCAGUUACUCCGUGAGAAAAAGCCAUUAGUGUUCUUUGAAAACUUGCUCCCUGAGAGAUCCCAGACUAUGUCAAGUAAGGAAACUAAGAGUGAGCUUGAAGUUGAUCUUAUUUAAAAAAAAGUCCGUAUUAGCUUUAUCACUUUUUAUACCACUAUAACCCUUAAUAUUAAGAUGUCAGAAUGGUAAAAUCAGCUUCUAAUACAGUUCUCAGAAUACUUGGGGGUAAAUUUAGUAUCCAUAGAAAAUUGAUUUUAUAGUCAAGGAUAUAACUGAUGGUGCCGAAAAACAAAUAUAAUGUUUCUUUAAGGGGAAAGACUUUGUUUUAAUUUGUACCACCCAGCUUAUUUAGUAAAGUAGAUUAUGAACUACUGAUUUAUUGCUUUUAAUAUGAUGAAACACCAGAUUUGACAGCUAAAUUAGCAGUAGGAUACAAGUACAUUUUUAUCUUUAAUCAUUUUUGCAGAGGACAUGUACAUAUCCAUAUAAAAAAAAGACUGUAGCAGAUGCCUCCUAGAAUCAACCAGUUCUUGUAAACAUUGCAUUUGUGCAGAUUUUCAUACUUUGAUUCCAAAAUUGAGAACAGUAAGAUUAAAGGCAAAUUUUAGUAGCCAAAAACCCCCCAAAAAAGUCCAGUUUGACUUCCUGAAACAUAUCGUACCACUCCUCUCUUCAGAAAAACAAAACAAAAAGACCUAGCAGCACAUAAAAAAAAAAAAAUUUACAAAACGUUUCAGUACUCUUUUUUUCCCUCCCAUCAAAAACCAAACAAAAAUAAAGUGCAGCACCCAUAAAAGUGUCAAGAAAAUAGCCAAGUUCUUCCUUUCUUGUAACAAAAUAGCACUUGGCUUCAGCAGUCUUAACCAAAUUAUACAGUGUCCAUCAUUUUGGGUUCAUCAUCUUCUUUAUGUACCACUGAGUUUAAACCGCAGAGAGCUGUAUUGAUAGAAUACUGAAGAUAAUCUGGAUUCUGGAAAAAGAAAAAGUAUAGAGAAGAAACAAUGGAUGAUAAUAACCAGUUUUAUGCCAGUAUAUGCAACGACAUAUUCAGUUUCACAUUCUAUAUUUUUCUGCAGUGUAGCAGAAUAGGAAAAAAGAUGGACUUUGAAGUCAGACUUGGGUAGAAACCCAAGAUAAAGAAAAAAAUGAGACUAUUACCACUUAAUCCAAAGAGAUGUGAUAAAGACAGAAUGAUGUAUGUGAAAAAUAGAAAUAUAAUAAAUACUAUCUUUUUCCUCUUUAAAAAAACUGUAUAAUUUUAAUUAUUUAAUCAUAUAAGGCUGUAUCUUCCAUGUGAUUAUAUGUUCACAGCUAUUGAUAAUUUAAAAGAUAAAUGUGGCUUUAAGCCAGCAAUGUAUUUUGAUGAUUACCAUCUAAUUACAACAGUAAAUACUAAAAUUGCAAAACGCCUGAAUAAGGAAAAAAAUUUACCAAGUAAAAAUUAUAGCUAUCUUCAGAGUCUAUUUUGGUUUCUCAAAUGUUAAAACAAACUCAAGUGAGGAAUCAAUCUUUUGAAAGGUAACUAGACUCCUAUUUAAAAAGUUAAAAACAAAAACAAAAGAAGUUUAAUUUAGGUUUUAUUUUUUAAACAGAAGAACAACUCACAAAUGUUCUAAUCUGCUCAUUUCUAAAGCAGGAACAGAAAACCUUAUUCAAUAAGUGCAAAAGUAAAACCAUUGUUAAAGUACCACAAAUAAGGAACGUUAAAUCCUUAAGACCUAGGACUUUAGGAAAUUCUUUCCCAAGAAUUCAAUAUUGUCUACUCAGUUGCUCUGAAUAUGUGCUAGCUAUUUAGAGUUUUUUUUUUUAACAUAUCACCUACUUUCAUUUGUUUAUUUUAUUUGAUAAACAUCAGUGAGGAAAACAGUCAAAACAGGGUAUCGACAUCUUAAAUCUCUCCAUCCCAGAGGGAGGCAGGGUUUUCAAAAGAUCUUAUUAAUAAAGUACAAAACUUUAUGAUUCUUUUAUUGUAAAAGUCAAAAAGCGAGCCAGAGGUUAGUUGGAUUAUUCCCAAUCAAAUCUUUAUGAAGAAAGUGGCACAAAUAACUGACUAAGGUUUGGGACACUAAAAUAACACUGGACCUCAGUUCUAACCUCGCCUCUACCACUUAGUAUAAUGCUAUCCUCAAAGAGAAAAUAAUUUAUCAACAUUUAAUAAAAUUAAAAGCUAGUAUAUAGGAUAGUCUAAGAACAGUCACUUAUGUCUCUAUCCAAAAGGCCUUGGUUUAGUUCUUUCAAAACUAAGGAUAAUGCUAUUUGGCUUAUUUCAUAAGACUGUUGUCAAUUAAAAAAAUAAAUUAAAAGCUAAAGUGUUACCCAAAUUUAAGUUUUAUAAAAAAAUUAUUAGUAAUCUUCCUACAUUAUCCCAUUCUCCCAAGGAACAGAGUGCUAAAUCUUUUUUUUCUGACCACCCAGGCCCAAUUCUAAAGGACUUCAGAACAGAGCUUACACACUCCAGCAAGACUAGGCUCUAGUUUUUCACUAGAGAAUUUUGAGUAUUAAAAUUCGCUAGAGACAUUUUCUAGAAUUCAACUACCAUCUCCUUAAGAACAGAAGGCAUUAUCAUGGAAAGACUUAAAAAAAAAAAAUAAAGCAAUCAAUAUACCUAACCUAAUGUACACCUAAAUCCUACUGACUACCCCAUAUUCUCAUCUAGUAUCAUCCUCAACACAUUUCUUGUCCCAGAGACCAGUUCUUCCCAAGAGCAUAUGACUGAGCAUUUUGUCUUAUUUCUAGGAUAUGAUUCAACAACAGUCUAUGAUGCAGGUGAAUGAGCAGUGCAGUAAGACAGAAAUCCAGGAUUUGAAUAUUAGCUCCAACGGGGGAGGGUAUAGUGCAGUGGUAGAAUGCAUGUCUAGCAAGCAUGAGGUCCUGGGUUCAAUCCCCAGCACCUCCAAUAAGAAGAAAUAAAUGAACAGUUAAACCUAAUUACCUCCCCACCAACAAAAAAUAAAUAAAAAGAUAAAAAAAAAAAAAGAAGAAUAUUAGCUCUAUCACUUAUUGUAUUGACUUCAGGCAAAUUACUUAACCUCAGGAGUUUCAAUUUAUUCAUCCGUAAAAUGAAUGAAAAUGAAUCAGGGUUUUUGAGCAGAUUAAAUGAUACACCAUGUACAAGUGUUUUGCAAUCUAUAAACUAAUACAAUGAAAAUGGGAUGUUAUUAUUAUGCUAAGUUGUUCUUCCGAAUCUCCUCUCAGGUGACAACUUAGUCCCUCAGGUUGCCUCUCAUGUUACCCUAUUUCCCUCAAACAGAUGACAGUGCUCCUGUGCAUCUAGCUGAAAUCUUAUCUUUUCCUUCUUAUGUUUAGAAUCAACAACAUCCUUCAAAAGUCUCUUUUUUCCUUUGCAUUCAUUAUGUGACAUCUUAAUUUUAGGACAUUUAUACAUCAGACUUUACAGUGACUUAGUCAUAAAAUUCCUUGGGAAAGACUGCUUUCCUGUGGGCUAUGUCUCGUGGAACUGAAGAAAAAAAUUGUCUUUAUUUAAACAGCAUUAAGAGAUAAUCUGUAGGACAAAUCAAGGGGGAAUAUCACUUACAUGUCUAACUAAGGGGUAACAUUACUAAUUACUUAAAAAUCAGACCUUGAUUAUUUCCAUCCUUGAGAGUAAUAUUUUUGGCUGAGCUGAAUAUGAUCAACUGCUUUUCUUAAAUUGUACCUUUGGCCUACAAUACAUGUAACUGGAAUAGUGAAGUUACAGAGACAUAAGGUCAAGAUAUUCAAAAAUCUCAAUUCCUACCACUUCAUGAGAUUUAAAAAUAAGUAUAGGACUCCUCUCACAUUGUCUUUUGAAUGAGACUUCCCUUUUCACUGUGCAGGCAACAGAAUAAACUGGCUAAAGUUGGUCUUAAAGUCUUGAGGCAUGAAAAUGAGAGAUGACUGGUUCAUUUAAAUGCCACUAAAACCAAAUGGACAGCAACUUUCUAAUGAUAACUUAAAAUUACAAUCUUAAAUAGUAUCAGGAAGACCAGUGGUCCAACCUCCUCUUUUUGACAUAAAUUCUUUCACAGACACAGUUUUAUUUUAAUGUAAUAGCAGACUUACAAGAAGCUUAAACAGUUGGCCAAUAUUAUCAGAAAGAAUAGCUCAGCAUUAGUUACAUUAAUGUGUACUAAAAUGUCACAUCUAGUAGGUAACACCAACAUUUAAAAAGAUAAUACUAAUAAACUUGUGCAACAGAUCACCUUGGUUGCUACUUGGACAUAUACUCUGAAGCUAAUUCAUCUUAAUAAAUUCUUAAGAUAUAGUUCUACUCAGGUGUUCCUUAGGAGCUAUCCUGAGAAGUUUAUGACUGAGAUGAUCAAUACGUAACACUUGUUCUUAAGAAUGCUUAGGCAGAUCUCAUCUCUUCUAUAUUUAAAAGAGUGGAAUUUGGUGUCUCUCUAAAUACAUAAGAGAUGGCAUGAGAUGAAACUCAAGAAUUGUCUUCUGAGGCAAGAAUAUUUAAAAAGACACACAUAUAUAACAUGUAAGAAGAAACAGUAGUCCAAAAGAGCAAAAAUUAUGUGAAUGAAUACAUUUAUAAAAUAAAUAUUCACUUUCCUAACCUACCUGUGGUAAGGAUUCUAAUAAACCUAUAGAUCCAACACCAGAAUGGGGAACAUGAUUCUGAACAGCCACAGGUUGAAAACUUGGUGAUUGAGAAUAAAGUCUGACUCUUGA